GACCUCCUACAACAUUCUCUCGUAAUAUGUCAGCAUCAAUACUCACGAGACAAAUUCUGUGGACUCAACCACUUCGAUCUUGCGCAAGAUUCCACAUGACAAGAACAAUGGGUUCCGCGCCGCCAAAAGCACAAGUCCUCCUUGUGGGCACAGGCGGCGUCGGCGCAAUGGCCGCUUAUGCCUUGGAAAAAGGAGGCCAAGCAGAAGUCACAGCAAUCUGCCGCUCAAAUUAUGAAGCCGUCAAGACCAAUGGCUUUACCAUCGACUCCAUGGAACAUGGCCAUAAUAUCGCCGGUUUCAGACCUUCGAUCUUGCGAAACACAGUACCAGACGUUCAGAAAGAAGGACUAAAAUACGAUUAUCUUGUGGCUUCGACGAAGAACAUCCCGGAUAUCAAACCGACUCUACUGGAUAUUAUCUCACCUGCUGUUACGGAGGGGCAUACGACAAUUUUGUUACUGCAGAAUGGAUUGCAUAUUGAGAAGCCGGUCAUUGAGCGAUUUCCGAGGAAUGUUGUGCUUUCUGGUGUUUCGCUUAUUGGAGCUACGGAAGUGGAACAUGGUGUCAUACGACAUGACGAUUCGGAUUCUACGAAGUGUGGACCUUUUGAAGAGCAGAGCGUCGCGCCUGAAAGAGCCGUUGCCGAAGCGAAUCGGCUUAUUGAAAUGUAUAAUGCUUGUGGCAAAGUGAAGUGGUCUUUUGAUGAGGAUGUGAGGUUCACGAGGUGGAGGAAAUUGGUGUACAAUUCCUCGUACAAUAGUGUUUCGGCGAUUGUAGGGAUGGACACGCCCAGAAUGAGGAUGAGUGUUAGUGUUAUUGAUGAUUUGGUGAGGCCUGCCAUGUUGGAGAUUAUUGCGAUUGCGAAGGCUGCUGGGGUGAAUUUGCCGAAGGGAGUGGAAGAGGAAAUCAUUAGAGUUGAUCCGACGGGUACGGAGUUCUGGCCUAGUAUGGGCCAAGACGUUGCGAAGGGCAACUUCAUCGAAGUCGAAAAUAUCGUUGGUGAGCCAGUACGAGAAGCGGAACGACUUGGUGUGCCUGCACCUAUUCUCAAGACCAUCUGGGGGAUACUGAAGGCGAUUCAAUUGAGGACCAGAGAAAAGAAAGGACUGUGGAAGCCAAAAUUCGAGAAAGGCAAUCCUUACGCAUGAGCUUACAGAUAGAAAUGUGGCAGGUCUCGUUCGAACGUGUCUAUGAUACGCGGCGGUCGGUAGCGGUCCUCCUGCUGGUCAUGAAUUUCUGCGAUCGACAAGCUAUCCCGGAGAAGCUAAUCCAGAAGUGCGCGGGAGUCAGCAGCAUACUGGAAACAGUGGUGAAGGUGAAGUUGGGUGAUAGUAUAGGAGACGGCGUAGGAAUGAUCGUCAAUACCGAUUCGGGCGAGGAACUUGAGAGCGAUGGCGGGCCUGAUCAUUCACUCGCUGACGACUUUGACGAGGG